AUGUCUUCAACUCCCUCCAAACUCACCCUUCUCCUCCCAACCACGCCCUACGUCCUAGCGUACUCCUUACCGCUGCUCCUUCUCUCCGUCCUACUAACCUUCGCAGGCACGUUCCUUACCAUCGACAGAUCGCGCUCCUUCACUCCACGUAGCGACGCCUCCAACUAUUCUUCGCUUCCUGGUGCCUUUGACUCUCCUAAAAAGAAGCGAAGAUUCUCAUGGCUUCUUGAAGGUGGAAUUGGGGGACUGGCGAGCGGGUACGCUUUUGGUCUCCAUCUCUCUACCCUCCUUGUCCUUCUCAUACCUGCGACAUCUUCCUCCGCUGCGCUAUCUUCCAAAUCAUUCGUUGCCGUCUGGAUCUUAUCCUGUAUCGUCACCACUUUCCUUUCCGGACGAUACAGCGAGUAUAUCAGGCGGCAUAACAAUAGUACUCUAUUCUCCCUCUCCCUCUGCGUCAUCCUCCACCCAUCACUGACACCACGAGUCAUCUUUACUACUGUAAUAACAAUCCUACUAACAAUCCUCGUCCUAAUCAGCACCGUCAUUCCCCGCCUUUCCACUCUCCUCCUCCACCCUCUACUUCGCCUGUCCACCGCAUCAACAGGGGCCUUCGGCCUCGUACUCUCCAUUGCUCUCCUGGCCAAACCACAAGUCGAUCCCUGGGCGAACAUCUGGGAGCGAUUGUGGGUCCAAGACGGAGAUGGCUGGGGAUCCGGUAAAGAGCAGGGGAUGAGCGCUGCGUGGGGUGUCUUUCUGAAUGUUGGCAUGAUAGCCGACUGGGCUCUCCACCGAUGGCUGGGAGAGUGUCCUGACGAGAGAUGGGACAGUUACUUGGCCACUUACACCUCCAACCUUCCCAACCAAGCCGACCGCGCGGGGACGUUCCAACCCUUAACGGGUUUCUGGGAUCGGUGGUUCCCUUCUUCGUCAGCGCCUCUGUACCACCCCUCGAAAGACAUUAUUUUCCCUUCAGAUAGCGACAUGAAGAAAACCAUACCCCUCACACUACACGACCUCCCACAAUCUACCUCUCCCCUGAAGAUCAAACGGAGUUCUACAACAACAAAGGGCGGCGACGACGCCAAUUUCGUUUCUUCCCCGCUCACCUUCCUCAAGAAAUCCAGAUCUAAUAAAAACGUCAGGGUGUCGCGUAACACGAAAGGGAGGAAACCAGUCAGGUUUGGUGCUAUCAAUGAGAUGAGCUCUGAUUCUGAUUCCGAUAUCGACGAGAAACCAUCGCCAUCGUUGUCGAACCCACCUUCGCGACCCUCGCUGUCUUACUCGACCUCAUCAACGCCGACGCUUGUAGAAGGUCGUCUAGGUCCGGGAAAGCAACGCGCUCCCUAUCCCUAUCCCUAUCCGCACGAACUCGACUACGACGAGGAACUAGCGAAACUCAAGUCUCAGAAACUGAGGUUUGGGGAGACGGAGGGGGUUUUGGAUUAUUCGGAUUAUGAGGAGGAGGAGGAUCUAACGGUUCAGAAGUAUGAGGGCGAGGGCGGGGAAAGGAACAAGGGCAAGGAGGAGGGGUGGAGUCCGGGGUUUUUGAGGAGGCUUCAGGCUUCUUCGCCGCCUAUGUCUAUGCCUAUGCCAGGCGCCGUACCGGUACCUGCGACGCCUUCUUUAAUUAAGGCUGUGGAUCGAAUAGCGGUUGCGAGGAAGGAGGCGUAUAGGGCUCGAUCUCCGCCUGUUGUCGUUCCUGGGUCUCAUCGGGAGUCUGUAGCGGUAGCGGAGGAGAGCGAUGAUGAGGGCGAUAGGGACGGUCAUGAGCGUGUCCGCCAGCAGAGGGCGCCGAGGUGGGAAGAGUUUUGGCGUGAGGUUAGGACGAAGGCGCAGAGUUGAGAUGGAGUGGUUUUUUGUACUGUGUACCGUCACCUUUCUUUCCUUUCUACUCGCCUCUGUCUUUUUCCAUCAUGUGCAUGCUUACGAUUUUUUUUACGAAGUUACGAUUUUUACGACUAGUUUUACGAUGACUACAUACGUUGGCUUUUAGGGCCUUUUGGGCUUUGCCCCGCUAUCUUUAUUGAUUUGUUGUACACCCACUGAGCGCGCGAAUACUUGGGAGGAGGCCUUCAAGCCCCCAGUAAAUUAUGUAUACCACAAUACGCCAUGCGAAUGGAUAGUCCGCAAAAAGCGAAAAUGUU